CCUGUGCAAGCAGCUCAUAUGUUACAAUGUGCACAUUUUUUUUUUAACUAGGAAAUACCCCGCGUUAUGUGGUAGCACGUCACAUGUGGCACGCCAUCGUAUAUGGUAUGUCACACGGAAAGAAAGUAAAAGCAGCGGCAGCGAAGCGCGUUCAUUGAACGAGCGAAGAAACCCCUUGUGUCUAAUGGCCAUUCUCGUUGGGAAGAAGCAGCAGCAGCAGCAGCACCUCGAGGUGCCAGUUGGUUCGUACACUAUGGGCUUACCAUUUCCACGACGUUCUGAGAGCCAGCUUCGCUCACUAAUCUUUCCGCAAGAAAUAGCUGAGGAAGACUGCAAACGUAUCGCCGCAGAAGUGGAACGACGGGUUGAACCAGCAUCGAGUCCUGAUGCUAGCCAGCAAAGUCACACCGUUUCGCACCGAGUCCUCGAAACGUGCCUGCAGAGGCAUUCUUCCCGGUUAGACGAACCCACGGAAAGGCCUAGACUUUGCCACAGGGUGCUAAUCAUUGUAGCCAUUUUAAGCCUUCUGGGCUUCUUGCUUCUCUUCAUCUUUGUCCCAUCACAGAAGGUGGUCUAUAGCCCAGUGAGUGUCCAAACUCCUUCCGGCACGCACAUGGGAGACGUGAUUAUCGUCAACGGCCGCCAAAUCUCACACUUUGCGGGUAUUCCUUUCGCUGAUAAUGUUGGUCUUUCGAAACGCUUCGCUCUCGCUGACACAAACGUGCAUAGUCCAGCGGCGGUGACGUUGCCCUGCCCCCAGCAAAUGCUAUUCCUGGCGCGAUAUGGGAAGUCCCAGAGGAACACAUCGGAGAGCUGUCUGCACCUCAGCGUUUGGACGCCCCAUGUGGGCCCUUACAACAAGACGGUGGUGUUUUUCCUCUUUGGUUGGCUCUUCUACUAUGGUAGCAACGACAUCGACGUAGUCCACGGAGCUCUCAUGGCAUCUCGAGGUGACGUCGUCGUCGUUGUGCCAAACUAUCGAGUUGACUUACUCGGGUUUUUGAGUGACAAUACAAAGGAGAGACCCGGAAAUUUAGCCUUUGACGAUCAGAGGUUAGCAUUGGAGUGGGUGCGGAAAAAUAUUAACUACUUCGGAGGUGACCCUUUCGCCGUGAUACUGCACGGCUAUGAGGCCGGCUCAGUGUCCGUCGGUUACCAUAUGAUGAGCCCACAGAGACACUGGAUUCAAGGCAUGCCCAGAGCUAUCCUGCAAAGUGGAUCGCCCUACCGGCCCUUAAAGGACAACACGGAGGCAUUUCGUGAAAAUAUAGAAGCUCUGGCGGGCAAGCUGAGGUGCCGGGAUCCUUGGAAUCUGAAGACCACCGUGUCCUGCCUGAGUGAGAUCCCUACGGGGACACUUCUGCAGUUUAAGUUCCACACCAAUUACAGAUUCGGACCCAAGUUCAACACACCGUUCUUACCGUGCAGACCAGCCUGCGUACAUGCUAUGUCACCCAUCCGGAACAAGCAAAUACUCAUCGGAUUUGUUCGCGGAGAAGGAAUCAUCUUUACGGAGCUCCUCGUUCACCACGCUCAAGCGUCCGCAAAACAAGAGGACUUCAAGGAUGUCAUUACAAAAGAACUGACGCAGUACGGCAUCAGAAAUGCCACUGAACUCGUCGAGUACUACCUGCCCUACCAAGUACGCGACGAUGGCAGGGAAAAGGUCAUGGAGGCGGUCCAAAUUUUAUUCGGGGACGUCUUUUAUAUCUGCCCCAUAAAAUAUUUCGCGGAGAAGCUCAGUGUUGAUGGCAAUCAGGUAUUCGUGUAUCUCUUCAACCACAAGCCUUCGUUCAGCGUCCGGUCAGAUACAUCACCAGCGCAGUUUGAGGACAUGGAAUUCCUCUUCGGUAACAGAUCCCUCACUGGGGUGGAACAUCAUCUCCAAUUAAAAAUGAUAGAGCUGUUCAGCAAAUUUGCGAAGAACGGGUACCUUCCGUCGGUUAAUGGGUCCGAUGCGUGGCCGUUCUACACCAGGACGACUCCGACGUUGGUGGAAAUUACGGAAGAAAGCUUUCACGUAGUUGAAUACUUUCGUGAUGAAAUAUGUCGUAAAUUACGCCCGCAUAUAUUACCCUUGUAACCCGUAAUCUCAGCCUGGAAUGCAAUGUGCUAGCAAUAAACUUGUUUUACUUGCGUUGCUGACAUAC